AUGGCCUCGGACUACAGUUACAGUGACCCCCCGACCCCCCCAUAUCACUCAUCAGACUCGCAGUGGCCGUGGUCGACGUCCUCGGCCCGCCCGUCGCCCACUCCGCCAACCACUCCCCCCUCGAGCUCGCCGCCCUCGAGCUCGCCCCCCAGGUCCCCAAGGCGCUCACAAUCCGCCGCGCGCAAGCACCUCGCGCCCAAGCACACCGCGCCCAAGCACACCAAGCCCAAGCACCCCAAAACCAAGCACGCAGAUCCGCAUGUGGACCGUAGGUCAGGCUUCAUCGGCAUGCGCUUGGACACGGGGGCGUACAUCGUCGACCUGCACUCCACCCCGUCUACGCCGUUCCGGCUGUGCAACUGCCCCGCGUGUAUCACUGCCCGCGGCGACACCGUCCCCGACGUGCGCCUGUUCUUCUCCGCCAGCGAGUUUGACGACUGGUGCGCGGACCGUACCGGGCUGCCGCGCAAGUUUGUUGCACAGGACGCACUUGGCGACGAGGAGGACACCCUCGCCGUUGCCGCGGACGUUGUCGAUCGUCAUUCGCAAGACGAGCGCUUCCCUCACCACUUCGACAGCCUCGACGAUGCCGACGACGCCGACGAUGACCACUGUCGGUCAGAACCGAGCUGGCUGCAUGUCUUGGCUAUCCGUCUCGUGGUGUACACUGUGAUGGUGUGCCAACUGCUGUGGCUGUGGUGGAGUGGCAUUCUGUUGGCACCGACGCCUCGCUUCACCUACGAUCAGGUCUGGCAAUGCAUGCCUCACCGCGUCGUCGCCCGCUGGUGGAUCAGCUAUGUCGUCUCCGCCUCAUGCUGGGUGUACCAGGAGUCUGCGCGCUGCAGGCUCCUCUACGCGACGUACUUGGUGUUCGAGUACAUCAAGGCGUCGCCAGCAUCGGCAGCCCUGCUCAUCGCAUGUGUCUUGAUGGUCGGAGGACUUGUUAUUUGGAGCGCCGUUCAUCGGCAUGAGACUGAGCAGUGA